GUACAACACGAUCUCCUCUAUCAACGUGAACCGAAUUACAAUUAAACAUCGAAUUAAACUCAAUUUACACCUUUUUCUAAAUAAACAUUUCACACACGUGUCUUCACCAGGGUCCUUCACAUCGAUUCACAAGGAAGGCUCUUUUUGAGCAGUGAACUGGGAACACUCUUUAGCACCGCCUGGCUAAAUCAGUUGAGGUGUCUGGAACACAAAAACGAACGCUCCCAAUGUAACGCGGGAAACGCUACUGUGUUGUUUCUCCAGAGAAAAAGAGCCGCCACGCUAAUCAACAUAUCUAGGGAUAUUAUCAUCACCAGAUCCAGGGUCCAACAAAUGACAUAAUCCGAAAGGCUUUGGCUCUGAUCUGAGGAAGUUAAUGGUAGACAGGACCGCCGACUGUGUUUUGUUUCCGGACCGUUUGAACCCGGAGCAGCCGUUAAUUAUAUGUCGGUCCCCGCGCUGCUACUUAACGUCUUUCUGUGUAGCCACCGAGCAGUUGUUAGCUCCGACACAAAGAGGGAGCCCUGCUAAAGAGCAAAACAACAAAGAGAACAUCCUCCACUCUUGACCGGUAACAUGGAUACGUUUCAGAAGGUGGAGAAGAUAGGAGAAGGGACGUAUGGGGUGGUUUAUAAAGCCAAGAACAAAGUCACCGGAGAAACUGUUGCUCUGAAGAAAAUCCGCCUCGACACGGAAACAGAGGGUGUACCAAGCACUGCCAUCCGAGAGAUUUCACUUCUCAAAGAACUCAGUCACCCAAAUAUUGUCAAGUUGCGAGAUGUGAUCCACACCGAGAACAAGCUCUACCUUGUGUUUGAGUUCCUUCAUCAGGAUCUAAAGAAGUUCAUGGACUCCUUCACAGUCGCUGGUAUCCCACUGCCUCUGGUUAAGAGUUAUCUUUUCCAGCUGCUGCAAGGCCUGGCCUUCUGCCACUCUCACAGGGUUCUUCAUCGAGACCUGAAGCCCCAGAAUCUCCUCAUCAACGCCCAGGGGGAGAUCAAGCUCGCUGACUUUGGUCUGGCAAGAGCCUUUGGGGUUCCCGUCCGCACUUACACACACGAGGUAACGUCCUCGCCUGCCCUGUUCAUGCAUCAACACGCUCCUUCCAGUUAUAUGGAGAUGCUGAAUUACGAUCCAAUCAAAAGAAUAUCUGCCAAAAACGCCCUCGUACAUCGAUACUUCCGUGACGUCACCAUGCCAAUUCCUCACCUGAGACUCUGAGCAGGAUAGGAGUUUGUUUUAAUGCCAACAAUGUCUGAGCAAUAAGGACCUCCUCGCCUUAUCUCCACGACUGGAAUGGACAUAAAUCAGACACUACGGGACACGUUGGAUCCUUUAAUGGAUGUUUGGCCACACUUAAAACCAGCUUUCUAAGACGGUUGACCUCCCGAGAUUUUCGCUGUGUUUUCAGCCAUGAUGUUUAACUGUCAUUUUCAAUAUAAUUAUUCUGCAUAUUUUUGUGCAACUGCCAUUUUUUAUGUUAAUGUUAUUUGUGAUUGGGAUAGUCCUCUGAGUGACUGCAGGUAGACUGAUUCUCGUAAACUGCCAUUACAUUUCCCAUUUUUAGGAUGUCAAAGUAAUAUAGUCUCGUUAGUUAGAGUUAAAUAUUAUUGAUAACGUUUGUGGGUUAGUGCAAAAAACAAACGUCAUGCUCUUUGAGGUUGAGCAGCAGCUGAAUGAAAGAUGUGAGUGACGGUUGCAUCUUCUUUUGAUCUAAAACCUGUGGUGCUGAAACAACACGAUCUUAAAAGGUUGAUUUUCUUGCAGUUCAAUUCUUUAAAGUUGGGUCUGAAGUAUCUUGGAAGUGAUUUUAUAACGGCACCUUUGGUUGUUUAACACACACAAAUGUUUGUUGGGCGUUUGCUGGCAGGAUUACAAACUGAAGUUCUCAGCGUAGUACAUACAGUUGUCCCUGUUGUCAUUUUACAGAAUUUAAUGUGCCGUCAAAUCUUUCUUACUCUAGAUUUUAUUCAAACGUAUUGAAUCGUUUUUUAUGGAUAUUGUUUAUAGUUUGAAAACAAUAAACUUGUUUAAACAG